AUGUCUACCACAUCUUCCAACCCCAAUUACUCUUCGCUCAGCAAUAUCAACUUCACAGGUGGUUUUCCAACUUCUGUUGAUCUAGCUCCAUCAAUUGUAUUUCUCGUUAUAUACGUAUUGGCAAUCCCACUUUUAGCUUGGAGAUGGUUCAGAAAAUCCGAUCGAACAUUACUUCUAAUUCGGCCCACUGUAUUUUUACUUUGUAGGAUUGGUAUGCUGGUCGUCCGAGCUUAUAUGUCGAAGAACAGCUAUGGUGAAGGACUGUUGAUCGCCGAACUGAUCUUGGUCUCCAUCGGAUUUCUGUUCCUCAUCGAACCCGUUAUUGGAUGUUGGAAUCUCCAGAUUGACUCGGAUAUGGCUAAAGAAGAUCGACCACGUUGGGUACAAAGACUUUCUCGGUUACUUAGGCUCGUUCUCUUAGCUGCCAUUAUAACUGCCAUCGUCGGGUCGUCCAUGAUUUCAAACGCUCUCGAGGAUCAAGCCAAAUUAGAUACCGUCAGACAACUACGAGAUGCCAGUAGUGUCUUAUCAUUCGGUACCGUGGUCGUGACGGCCCUAGCAGCUAUCCUUACAUCGAUCAAAUUCUCUUCAGACAGAAGAGGUACAAUCUUCAUCCUCUGCGCAGCGGGGUGUUUGAUAGUAGUAGCUGCGUACAGAAUGGUGCAGACUUUUACCAGUGAUCACGAUGCUCCUGUCAAUUCGAGAGUCGCAUUUUGGGUGUUACAAAUGGUGUUCGAACUUAUCGCAUUCGGACUCAUUUUGAGUAUUUCUAUUCCUACUUCGUUCCCAGGAGAUAAAGGUAGAAUAUCAAGAAACAACACCGAUGUAGAAUCCUAUAACAUGAGGCCGGGUCAACCUAAGUACUGA